GAUUUUUUUUGUAGUGUUUGGUCCUUUAUCGUCGAUUUCGUUUCUCUUGAAAUAAUGAUGUUCUGCAGUGUGAUAGUUUCUUGCCUUUUGGUCAUCGGCCUUCAUGGAAACGCAGCAACAGAGCUCAGUGUGAAUGGCGCCAAAUAUACUGUAGCGAGCAUCAGUCGUACUAAUACUACGACGAAUGCAAUUGACAACUCCACAGGUUUUUAUGUGGCCAUUGAAGAUCUUGCACAACAACCCAUUGUUACAGAACCCGUCACAGUGACUGAGGCAGCUACAACAGCUAUUGUGAUCGUUACUAGGAGUAUGAAUGAACCAGCUGAAAACAAUACACGAUUCACUUGUGGAAAAUACAAUCCAUGCCACUGGCAACUUUACACCGAAGAGCGAACGUUUGAAAUGGAAUAUCCAAGCGUGUGUGACUGUCCGAAUAACACCAUAUGUAGAUACUAUGAGGAUAAUCUGUCCAUCAGAGCUUUCGAAUUUCGCUGCAUGGAAGUGAAUUUGACAUCGACAGAGCCAGAGAUGUCCAGUGCCUCAGAAGCUUCAACUGAUUCAGUCUAGGCUUUCUUCUACUUAAAUUUAUCGUGGAUUUUAUACUAAAUUUUAUGUAAUGAAUUAAAAAUCGAUUCGGAUUAAAUGUUUUUAACGACUUGAA